CACAAAAUCAAAACAAAAAUCUCUCCGAAAACAACCUUAUCCAUCAUCAUCAUCUCCUUAACUUCCCCAAAAAAAAUUCAUUCAAAAAUUCUGCAACUUUCUCAUAAUUCCAAACACAAACAGCUUCAAAAUGCAACACUAACAACAACAAUGGCGUUCCCAAACACCACAUGCAAACCAUCAUCAUCACAGCUUCCUUUCAACAACAAUUCAUCAUUCUCACUCAUAAACCUUUCUCGCUCCUAUUUCACUAUUCACUUUCUCUCUCAUCCAAAACCCUCAUUUCCUAUUUUCUCUUCUCUCAAAACCACCCAUCAUUCAUCUCCCAAAUCAAACUCCAACCCAACACCACCUUGGCUCUCUUCUCCCAAAAGGGUCACUGAAUCACCCAUCAAAAAUGAAUCUUUGAAUCUUCAACAUGAUAAUAAUAAACCGAAAAAUCCGGUUGAAAGAAUCGUUUUUCGGUUGAGGAAUCUAGGGUUGGCUGAAGAAGAAGGUGAGAAAGAACAACAAGAAGAAGAAGUUGAAGUGAGUGAAUUACCUGUUAGUGGUGAUGAGAAAUUGAGUGAAUUGUUGAAGAGAAAAUGGGUUCGACCGGAUGCUUUAUUGGACGAUGAGGAUAAAGAGGAAGAUGAAAUGGUGUUGCCAUGGAAGAGAGAAGAAGAAAGGGAAAUGGGUGGUGGUGAUGUUGGGAUUGAUGAAGAGGGGUUAAAGAAGAGGACAAUAAAGGCACCAUCUUUGGCUGAAUUGACACUUGAGGAUGAAUUGUUGAGGAGGUUGAGGAGAGAGGGAAUGCGUGUGAGAGAGAGGGUUAGUGUUCCAAAAGCUGGAUUAACACAAGAGGUUAUGGAGAAGAUUCAUGAGAGGUGGAGGAAGGAAGAGUUGGUUAGGCUUAAGUUUCAUGAGGAGCUUGCUAAGAAUAUGAGGGUUGCUCAUGAGAUUGUUGAGCGCCGAACAGGAGGAUUGGUUACAUGGAGAGCAGGAAGUGUUAUGAUGGUGUAUCGUGGUAAAAAUUACCAAGGGCCAAACUCCUCGAAGGAACUCGAUGCAAAAGAAGGUGAUGGCUUUUUUGUGCCGGACGUCUCAUCAAAAAGUUCGUCAAGAACAAAAGACAGUAGCACAACCGCAUCCCUAAAAAAUAGUGCGCAAGUUAGGAGGAACGACGAACAGCCUGAGAACAUGACGAAAGAGGAAGCAGAGUACAAUGCGCUUCUCGAUGGUUUAGGUCCUCGAUUUUUUGAAUGGUGGGGUACAGGAAUACUUCCCGUUGAUGCUGAUUUACUUCCCCGUGACAUUCCUGGUUACAAAACACCUUAUAGGCUUCUUCCUACUGGAAUGCGUUCUCGACUAACAAGCGCAGAGAUUACUGAUUUGAGGAAAAUCGCAAAGUCACUUCCAUGUCAUUUUGCCCUAGGGAGAAAUAGAUAUCACCAAGGCCUAGCAUGUGCUAUUCUUAAGCUUUGGGAGAAAAGUUUAAUUGCAAAGAUUGCCGUUAAACCUGGUAUCCAGAACACAAACAAUAAACUUAUGGCCGACGAACUUGUGACGUUAACAGGAGGUACUUUGCUGCUAAGGGAUAAAUAUUACAUAGUUAUAUAUCGCGGGAAGGACUUUGUUCCAACAGGGGUAGCUGCAGUUUUGGCUGAAAGACAGGAAUUGACGAAAGAGGUGCAGGAUGUUGAAGAGAAGGUGCGGUGCAAAGCUGUUGUUGCAACUCCGUCUGGACAAGGUGAAGCAACAGUACUGGCAGGAACUUUAGCAGAGUUCUAUGAGGCGCAGGCUCGUUGGGGAAGGGACAUAUCUACUGAAGAACGUGAGAGGAUGAUCGAAGAAGCUGCCAAAGCCAAGAGUGUUAAGCUUGUCAAACAAAUUGAACACCGACUCUCUCUUGCCCAGACCAAAAAGAUUCGAGCAGAAAAGCUGUUAGCCAAAAUAGAAGUAUCCAUGGUUCCAGUUGGUCCUGAUUAUGACCAGGAAACAAUCACAGAUGAAGAACGUGCCGUGUUCCGCAGGAUUGGUUUAAGAAUGAAGCCGUAUUUACCACUCGGUAUACGUGGUGUUUUCGAUGGUGUCAUUGAGAACAUGCAUCUGCAUUGGAAGCAUCGAGAACUUGUAAAAUUGAUAACAAAACAAAAGAAUCUUGCUUUUGUCGAAGACACAGCAAGGUUAUUGGAAUAUGAAAGUGGUGGAAUACUCGUGGCAAUAGAGAAAGUUUCUAAAGAAUUUGCUCUUAUUUACUAUCGUGGAAAGAAUUAUAAGCGGCCUAUUAGUCUAAGACCAAGAAACCUUUUAACGAAGGCAAAGGCAUUGAAGCGUUCUGUAGCCAUGCAACGCCACGAGGCUCUAAGUAACCAUAUUACGGAAUUGGAAACAACAAUAGAACAAAUGAAACAAGAAAUUGGUCUAUCUGACGAUGAGUGGAGCAUGAAGGAAGGGCAUGAAAACCAACUAGAUCACAACUCAGAAUUCACCCAAAGUGAGGAUGAAGAUUCCGAUGGUUUUGAUGACGAGGAAGACACUGAUUGGGAUGAAGACGAGGACUCCGAGUUUUCAAAACUCGACAUCGAUGGUCAUCCUUGAAGGCUGGUUGACAUAUUUUCCUUGAAGUUUCAUUUCAAUGAUGACAGCUGCUAUUGUAUCAACUUUGCUAUUUGAUUGCAUAGCUCAUAAGUUUUCAAAAGCUUGCAACAACACUACAACAGUUAAAGGGAAAAUGAUCUCAUCGGUUCCGCGAUUCUGAUACUUUAGGGUAAUCAAAAGGCAAGCUUACUCACAUCAAUUUUUAUAUUUUCACAUUCUUAGCCGAAAAUAUCAAGUGAGUUAUUCAGAGUUAUUUUUUUAUAGGCAAAUGUUAGUUCCAAUAUUGUUAAGUUAGUAGUUAGAGUUUGAACCCUGAACUUCCUUCUCAAACUCUUUUGGGUGCCUACACAUCAUUGUUGUCACGCAGGCUGCAUCAGCGAAAACUCGUCAUCAAAUUACCUUAUUGCCCCUGGUUUUUCAUUUGAAUAGCACUUGAUCUUUCACUACUUUUUGAAUUAGUAUCUUAAAGGAUGCUAGCUGAGUUUUGAGUAGCAUGAAGGAAAACACUAUGAUGUAAUGAUUAUUGUAAAUUCUUCUUCACAUUGUAAUAGGAUAUACUCAUUUAGGUAGUUCAUAAUGGUAAAGAAUAUUGUUACUCUCUUUUACUUACUAUUGUGAUAUUAUUAUCAUUUUUUUAAAAAGCAAACUUUUA